UAAGGCUCGAUGUAAAACACCAGUCAAUGGUCAUAUCAGGCAACAGUACUAAACAUGAUGGCCGUAUAUAAAUGUAUCAUCCUAACACUGGCAAGCUUCACAUAUUGUUAUGCCGUGUUGGACUCGGAAACAUUCCAGAAUACCGUUCUCGACAAGCUAGAAACUCUAGAUAAUAAAAUUGCCUUGCAGAAAGUGGUGAUUGAUAAUCAGCAAUCAAUUUUACAUUCAUUGUUAACUGGCUCCUUUCAAGCAUAUGAUGAACGUAAAGUGGACGGUAUUGAUCGUAAAGAACGGUUCCUGUUAGAUGGUAAUGAAGGACCUGUUGCUUUCACCGCCGCAAUAAAUGCACGUGUAGUAGAGCACGUGGGGCUUAACGAAACCGUCAAGUUUGACACGGUGAUAACAAAUGUAGGGAAUGGGUUUGACAACACUACUGGUGUCUUCACCGCUCCUUUGCCAGGGAUCUACAUGUUCUCUUGCUCCUUAUUGGACCAUAUGGAUGGUGUUCACGGAAAUGUUAAACUACAUGCAGAGAUCGUGCAAAAUGACAAGGUUAUUGGACGAGUGUUUGCGCAUGCGGGGGAUAAUUACAGGGACCAAGGAGCACAAACGGUCUUCGUUAGAGUAAAUCAAGGGGAUCGUAUAUUCAUCAGAAGUGUUGACAACAAAGAUCUAGGAAUCGGUGGAGAAUUAUACUCUACUUUCUCCGGAUUUCUUAUGUCACAAUUAUAAAAAUGUUGCUUACUCUACCUUCUCCGGAUUUCUUAUGGCACAAUUAUAAAAUGUUACUUACUUUAACAAGUUUUACUUCUUUGCAUAAAACCAAAAUGUAUUGAUAA